AGCCUGCUUUAUGGAAUUUAUAGAUCUUCUGAGCUAACUGAGAAAAUGGCAGACUUGGAGAGAUGCGUGAGUCUGUGUGAAAAAUUAUGGAGUAAUAAAGUAGUUCGUAAAAAUAUACAGUGGAUAUUUCUGGCCAUUACAGUGACGGGGUCCCUAUUGAAGGAGAUGCAGCUUCUCCCUGAUUGGUACUUUAACAACAAAAGGAAUGUCCUGAACGUGUACUUUGUCAAGCUUGCCUGGGGCUGGACGCUGUGGUUGCUGCUGCCCUUCAUUUCCAUCUCUAACUUUUACAUCUCUAAAAAAGAUCCCAUGUUCGUCCUGCAGCGCUUGAGUUCACUUCUGGUUGGAACAGUGGUUUGGUACACUUGCACUCAUUUAUUUGUUUUUAUUGAAGACCUCACAGGUGCUUGUUAUGAAUCGAAGUCUAUGGACGUUAUCAAAAUGGACUACUCUUCUAAGUUAGAGUGUAAGAAGAGCGGCUUGUUCUGGCAUGGGUAUGAUAUCUCUGGGCACUCUUUCUUACUUGCAUAUUCAACUCUUAUAAUCCUGGAAGAAACAGCAUUGAUGAGUGACUUGAAGAACAUAAGCCAAAGACCCCCUGAGUCUGUUCGUGCCAUUGUUAGUGUGUUUUAUGUUGCUUUAAACGUGCUAGUAGUGAUCUGGAUUUGGAUGUUUUUUUGUACCUCUGUAUACUUUCAUGACUUUACUCAUAAAAUCUGUGGGACAGCUUUUGGAAUAUUGGCGUGGUACGUGACUUAUCAGAUUUGGUACCAGAAACCAUUUUCCCCAGGACUCCCCCCCACUAGACAAGAAAGAAAAGUCAUGCCUAACCAAAGACAAAAUUCCGACUAACGAAUAAGUUGUCAAAAAUUAGUUUUGUAUAUUUUUGUUUGUUUGUUUGUAUAAUAAAAUACUUGGGGGUC